AUGCCUCUGAAGAAAAAAUCGAAGAAGGCUGCUGACGUGAACAUUUAUACCGAUGCCGAUGCUAGGUCUACCGCUGUGCUCGCAACCAAGACUGACAUAGCCUCAGAGUCUGACAUGAUUGCCGAUGCGAAAAGGUCACUGGCUGAAUGCCUUGAUACCGACGAACUCCAUUCGGAAGUCCUGUAUGAUAACAUGUAUACCGGCAAUGACAAAGGUCUUGGAAUAGUCAGGGAACACGCAAGAAUACCUGCACUAGAGACCAAGCUCGAAGGGUUGCAGAAAGAGCUUUAUGAUGAGCGCAAGGAGAGAAGGGACCAAUUCAGUGAACUCCAUAAUGCAUUCAAUCGGCUAGCGCAACAGACAGACGCAAGGUUCUCUGUUCGUUAUGCUGAUAUCAGGAGCAGGUUUCUCUCUACAUUCCGGAGAGGUUUCAUGGACGAUGAGUCGAGGGAAGAUCAAAAGGUCAUUGACCAGGGAAACGUCGCCGCUCACCACGGAUUCUUUAUGGCGGACGCUAUGCUAUAUGAUCCAGAGGGCUUUAUAAAUAAACAUAGCCAGCAAUUCCCACCACGCACUGAUCUGGAUACCUUCAAGCUUCUUUAUGGUGUUGACCCUAGCCUUGCUAAGAAAAUUGAUUACACGCCGACAGUUCAGGUACUAGAGAGACAUGCCAUGGUCCGCGCUUCGUCUAGAUUUCAAAUGACCGCCCUGUUUGAGGAGAAAUUUCAAGCAUUCAUACGCGCUUUGAAAGCCACAGACUACGCUGGUGAUUACCUGAAUUUCCAAUCAGAUCAGGUUGCAGAGCUUCUGUUCGCAUACCAAGAGUUCUGGAAGGCUAGCAGACAGUGCCAGCCACUACGGUGA